AUGGGUUGACCAUAUUUCCCUCUUUCUUCAUUUUCAUCUUAUUUCUCUCUCUCCCUCUCUCUCAUGAGACCUCUCUUCUCUCUCCAUCUCUCGUGAGAUCUCUCCCUUUCUCCCCCUCUCUCUCAAUCGAUCUCCUUCUCUUUCUCUCUCUCGAUCAAUCUCCCUCUCUCUCUCUCUCUCUCGUGAGACUUUUCUCUCUCUGUCUCAUGUGAGAUUUCUCUCUUCUCUCUUUCUCUCCCUUUCAUGAGAGAUCUCAUCCCUUCUCUCUCCCAUGAGAGUUCUCUCAUGGUUCCCUUCCUUUAUUCUUCUCACCUCACCUUUCUAUUUUGUUAUUUCUGUUAAAUAUUAAUAAAAUAUUAAAAUCACUUUAUAAAUAAAUUAAAUUCAUUUUCAUGACAGAUUAAUCAAUAUCUUUGUGUUCAACUUAAGACUUACUUCAAUAUUAAUGUUUUAUUAAGUCUUAGUUAUAAAUAUUAUUAGAUAGUGUGUAUUUAAAUGCUACAACAAGUGCACAGUAUGAACCUACUGUCUGCUGAAGUUUUUAAUCAAUUUCAAUUGGGAGAGCUUAAGGAGACCCUUAUUGUUCUCCAACUAGUAGAUAGUUUAGUAAAAACUCCUCAAAGUUUGUUGGAGGAUGUCAUUAUUGAUGUGAAGGGUUGUUGUUUUUCUCUUAACUUUUUAAUCGUAGAUAUCCCUAUUAAAGAUGAUUUAUGUCAUGCACCAAUCAUUUUGGGUAGACCAUUCCUUGCCACAGCUAAGGUAA